AUGAGUCAGGUCGUUGCUCCAGAAAUUUCCGAGCGCCUGGCUCCCCGGGAGGGAGUGCGGGCGCCAGCGGCGGUGAGGGGACGGUGGCACCUGUCACUCGAGCGGCCCCCACGGGGUCUCGGGAGGCUCAGCGGUCGCCGGCCUGGGAGUCGGGUGCGAGUCCCUCCCCGCCGCCCCGAGCCUUGCGCCGAGCGUCGGGCCGCGGCCCCUUCCGCGGAGCGGCCCUCCCGUGCCCUCUGCCCAGCGGCUCCGGCCAGUGGGGCCCGUCGCCUCAGGCCGAGUCCCCGCCACCCGAGGCGCCGAGGGGAGCGCUGUCGAGCCGCUGCCUACGCCUCCGGGGUUCCGGAGCGGACACCCGCGAGGCGGGCCCGCCUCCGCGUACUCACCGGGCCUCCCGGGCCGCCGGCUCGGCCCUCCUCUCCCUCCUCCCCCCGCCGCCGCCUCUCCCGCGGCUCCCCGGGCGGCCGCACUGGGCGUUGGGACUGGUCUGGGUCAAGUGUCGGCAGAGCUGGGGGCAGGCUCGCGCCGGGCGGGGGUCGCGGUCGGCCCCCAGGCUGGGCACUAACGGGUCCCGGGGCGCCGGGGCGGACUGCGGCGGUGAGCGCGGCUGCAGGCCGCGGUCGUAGUGGACUAAUUUUACAGGCGAAGUUAAGUGACUUACCCGAAACCUCACAGCUAAUAAACGGCAGAGCCGGCACCCAGCUGUACUGGCUUCCAGCGCAUCCCAUUAUCUCCAUAAAUCCUCCUGAUUCAACUAAUAUUAGACGCCCCACAGAUGACCACAAGCCUCUGGGGUUGGCAGAGCCACAAGAAAGAAGGUGCCUGGAUGAAGGAGAGCUACCCACUGACCUGGACACCCAAUUAUUCAUCUGUCUUAGAGCUAUUGGAAUCCUGGAUCACUGUGGGAAAUGAAAGCUGUACUGGUCUGGAGCUGCACAUUCUUUUCAGACAACUCUUGUUCCAGUAAGUUCAG